UGACGCUCCUUCCACUCAGGCAAUGUGAUCAUCAACACACACCAGAAGAAAUAAGAUGGACUCGAGUGAGGGAGUUGCCAGAGGAGCGUUCACAUGCGAGCUGUGUGAAUUAUCAAGUCCCUACACAUUUUACGGGCAGAAGCCUCCAAACACCAGAGGCAUUGUGCUACUGGAGGAAUGCUAUGGUAUGCGUGAUCCCUUUAAUCCAGAGAAAGAGAAAUUCCUCCUGUUGGGGUCUAAGUGUAGUGUGUGUAACAAGACUGUGUGUGUUGGCACGGAGUGCAGCCUCUUCUACACCAAACGCUUCUGCCUACCAUGUGUGAGGGAACACCUGGACCAGUUUCCAGAGCAGAUUCAAACAGAGCUGGCCAAGAAAAAAUCUGCUCAGAAAACUUGAUGUCCGUCUCCUGUUCUGUGGACAAAGGGCAUUUUGGAUGUGAUGGAUCUAAAAUGCUGACCUGAUCUCUUAUGUCCCUGUUUUGUGGAGCUGAAUUGGAUCAUGAUUUUGGGUGGUCUCUGGAUGUAUUGAGCCAAACUCUCGUGACAGAUGGUCUCCAGAAGAUGAAUUAUAGUGAACAUGCAGCCAAACAUGCAAGACAUUGUGUUUGUGGUGGCUCUGUGGAUACGGCUUUGACUAUGUUGAUACUGCUUCAAGUUUCAAGCUGUUUGUUGUUCCAAAGAGGAAGCCCCUGAAAUGAAGGACCCUCUUAUAGAAGGUAUCUGUAUUAUUUGGAGCCUAGUUUGAGGCAUGGGGAACUGAGAAGUGGCUUGGUUUUCCACUGAAUCACAAACCUCUGCAGUUCUGUCCUGUCCUGUAGAUGCUAUUAGGAUGUUUGAAGCAGAGUGAAUUCUCAUCAUUGUUGGAAAAAGGAACUUGGAAGACGGUUUCAAAUCUCAUCUAAGAUUGGGAAGUCUUAGCAUCUCUGUAUUUCUGGCACAGUGUGACAUCAAACAUUUACUGAGACAUUGAUAACAAACAUGUUAAAUGCAAAGUUGAAGCUGAAUACCUGAAUUUUUGAAAACUAGUAUGUAUGAAGAUUUGUGGGUUUUUUUUUUUUUUUGUUUGUUUGUUUUUUUUUUUUUUGUUCUCUUCUGCUUGAUGUCAAAUUCAACCAUGAAAUAUUUUUGAGAUUCUUUACCAAUCCCAUUCCUGUUUCCAUAUUUAAAGGUGCAGUGUGUAAGAGUGGGAUCUAUUAGCAGAUAUGGAAUCUCUAGAGUGCCUUUUGUGCUUUUACACUGAAACUACAGCUUGAAUUUGGUGGUGCUGUUGCACUGGUUGAAAGAUGUAGAAAAAAAAGAAGAAUCACUGGUUACUGCCAGCACUGGCUAGCCAUUUUGUAUGGUAAGAAUCUACAACCUUACCAGUAGAUGUCACUACAUUUUAUCUUACACGCUGCACCUUUAAUGACACGAGUCACUUAAGAAACUAUGACAGGCCCGAACAGCAUUUUAGUGCUUUGAAUGCUUGCUGGUGUUUUCAAACAAAUAUUUGAAUACUCAUUCUCAUCACUCCCCCUAAAAAUUAAUUAAUUAAUUAAUUUCAUAAUUAACCAUAAUUUGGAUGGUCUGUUUUCUUAAUCAAAUUAUUCCAGUUUUCAUUUUAUAAAGAGGAGUGUGGCUGUGUUCAGCCUUUAGCCAACCUUACUUGGGUAUGACAUGAUUCUGUGGCCUAACAUUGCAUUCAGUGUUCUGUAAAGUGGCAUUUUUUGAUUUUAUAAUAAAAUGUUUUGCUCAAAACACUAA